GGUCAGGGCACUUCCAGAGCUGGAUUUAUGGCUCGCAGCUGUUGAGUGGCUGACAGACGUGUGAGGAGCUCAAGCGCUGCUGCUUCUCAAGCUGCUCGUACCAGCCCGAGCUCUGCUUACUGUUGCGUAGGAAAGAGGACGGCUGUUCCUCAACACACAACGCCGGCAGAUGGUGCGGGAGCAGUAUGUCACCACCACCCAGGGCAGCAGCGCGCCCAGGCUGGUGCCCGACCACGUCUACAAGAUCGGCAUCUAUGGCUGGAGGAAGCGCUGCCUCUACCUGUUCGUCCUGCUGCUCAUCAUCAUCCUGGUGGUCAACUUCGCCCUCACCAUCUGGAUCCUCAGGGUGAUGUGGUUCAACACGGAAGGGAUGGGACUCCUUCAAGUACACUCAGAUGGGGUCAAGCUGGAGGAGGGCGAGUCAGAGUUUCUUUUCCCCGUCUAUGCUCAGGAGAUCCACUCCAGAGAAGACUCUUCACUUCUAGUGCACUCAGCGGAAAAUGUUUCCCUUAAUGCCCGCAAUGAAAAUGGUGAUGUCACAGGGCGGAUAUCUGUGGGUCCAAAAGAAGCUCAGGGACACACUCGAAAUCUGCUCAUUAACUCCCACAAUGACAACAUGCUGUUCACUGCAGAUGGCGACCAGGCUGUGAUUGGACCAGACAAACUACGAGUCACAGGUCCUGAAGGAGCGCUGUUCCAGCAUUCAGUGGAAGUGCCCCUGCUGAGAUCUGAACCUUUCAAAGACUUAAGGUUGGAGUCUCCUACUCGGUCUCUCAGUAUGGACGCGCCAAAAGGAGUUCAUAUAAAAGCGCUGGCUGGUAACAUUGAAGUUGCUUCCAACAUGGAUGUUGUUCUGCUGUCUAGCACAGGACUGCUGGUGCUGGAUGCUGAGACAGUGCGCAUGCCGAGCCUGCCCCUGAGCAAAGAAGGGGUUUCUGGAAAUGCUCAGGGUCUCUAUGAGGUCUGUGUCUGUCCCAGCGGCAAGCUCUUUCUCUCCAAGGCUGGGGUCACCUCCACAUGCAGUGAGAAUCAGGACUGCUAGAAAGACUCUGACAAGGUAAUCGAUUUUCCAUCUCUCAGUAGAUGCAUCUUCUGGGAGGCAACAAGCACAACUGUUUAUAUCUGAGUUUUUUUUUUAUCUUUAUACCACAGUGGAUCUAUGAUGAUCUCAGUGCUAAAAUCCCACUGGCACACAGAGGCUUGUAAAAAUACAAAUGCCUGCUGGCGUACAUGUUGGAGACGUCAUGAAAUGCAUCCUUUUAGUUGCAUUUAUGACCUUCUAACUGUUCAUCUGAAACAAAGUGGCCCUCAGUUCCAAAUUUAUCUGCAUCAGAGCUUUGUGGAGAAUGUUUUUUACACACACAGUAUCAUGGCUGGGCAAUGAGGAGCUGGUAACAGCUUACAUCCUAUGCAAUAUUAUCUUGUGGUGCAAUAAAUGAAAGUGACACAUAUCAAGGGCUUGGAGUAAUAAUAAUCAAAAAAUCUCUCAAAUGGUGACAGAAUGAUAAUUGAAGUAUUUAUUUAGGUUUACUUAUGCCCUCCUGGCUCCAAGCCCUUGGUAUGUAGUUUUUUUUUUGUCUUGGUGUGUAGCAUGUUUUUAUUCAAUUGGCGGGGGAAAUUUUAAGAAAUGCUGGUGUAUAUUUUGACAUUGUCAUAGUCACUUCAGAGAUGGAUUUGAUAAUUAGAGAUACAGCACUAGGCAACAUACUUGUGUCUUGUUUUGUUUCAACUGCUUUUUCGGGUUUAGAUUAAAAUACCAUGUCCUUAUACCAUUAAAAUGUUACUAGUGUGGUAUCAUGUGUGUAUUAUGUUUUUUUCAUUUUAUAAGAUUAUGCAUGUUUGUGUUACUUUGCAUAAGCAUGUAAUUAUGAAUUUGCUAUAAGUUUUUCUUGCAGGUAAGCUACAGCCAAAACAUUAUAUUUGACCACAGCAACAAUAAAACAAAAACAAAACAAGUCUAAUAAAGGCACUGUAGUUUUGGGUAGUGGGAAAUAAUGGGAUUAUUUUUUCAGUUUUGCUCUGCUUUUUGGGUCAAAUAUGUCUUGACUUUCUUUUCUUUUCACACAUUGCAUGACAGGUAAUAAACAGCAUUUGCCUCUGUUGUAACAUGAAGGUUCCAAGUUCAUAAUGUCAAAAACGGCAAUAUUUUAUGACAGUUACAUUGAGUUUAGCAUUCAUUUAUCUGCAAGACUGUUGCUGCUGUUCUCACAGUGUUGUGUUAUCAUUGUCAGUGUUGAUAAGUAGAUCAUUUGCAGUUCUCACCUAUGUUCUGGCAUAUUUUGAUAAAGUGUGUAAUGUGUAUUUAUUAAUUUUGUAUGUUGAAUAAACUUUGUGCUAUUCUUCUAU